AAACCAUUUGAACGGAAGAAUCUUGAAGUGUCUUGAAGAAACUGAUAUUCUCCAUUGGCUGGCUGACACCAAAUUUAGAGCACUUUCUUGCUAGUGAAUAUGAAUACACCCUGACUAUAUUUCUACAUGACUGUGUGGGGCAGUAUUCGGAAUGAAGCUGCCAUCAUGUCAUCCACAGGCAACUGCACUGAUAUUGAAGAAUUCUUGGUCAACAUUAACUUGGGACAGUAUCUUCCUAACUUUAAAGAAUAUGGCUAUAACACUGUGACAGAUUGUGUGGGAAUAAAUAACAGUGUGCUUCAGCAAAUGGGAGUGUUGCCUACAGGGCACCGUAGAAGGAUUCUUAAGCAAUUAGAUACUACUCUUUCAAAAAUGCAAGGAAAUUCUCUUUUCUGUGAAAAUCUAAAAUUCAAAGAUUUGAAAGGUUUAGAAGAGAAGCAUUAUUUGUCCUCAGAUCAGGAGCCUCCAAUAAGCAAUUCAAGUGUAGAUGGGACUAGCUUGAUGCCUGCAACGUUGUCAGAACAACUUAUUAAUAAAGCUUACAUUGAUAAAGAAAGGUUUGAACUUGCAGGGCAAAACUUAUUGGAGGCAAAUGAUGAUAGCUUUACAACUUUGGAUUUUUCUGGUUUAUACCAGAAUUCACACAGCAUACUAAAAGCUGUCAAUCUACAUGGAAGUAUUAAAACAAAUAUUCAGCCAGAUGCAUCACUGGAAGAAGCUGCUGCAUACCAAGCUGAUGAAACCUUGGCUGGCUGUUUGGCAUUUCAUGAUUCUUCUUCUUCAUUUGCUCAUUCAUGUGGGACAAAAUACAACGAAAACAAACAUCUGAUGUUUUCAGAUGAGGAUGAUUCAUCUGACAGUGAGCCAAAUUCUCCAUUCUUUAAGUUUAAAGGAGAAAUGAUAGACAAUGACUUAUAUGGUUCUUAUACACAAAACUGCACGAAAGUAUUUCCAAGAGUAAGCCGGUCUUUUAUAUUACGGCAUCGACCUGUACCAGAAAUUCCCAAAUCAAGUAAAGUUCAAACUUCAUCAAGCUCCCUUCAGAAAAGAAGAAACGUGGAUCUUGUAAAUAUUUCUUGCACUGGGAGGCACAUUUCACAAAACAAAACUUUCACAGAAGAAAAGCCACCUAUCAUCUCUCCGUAUGGGGAAACCUUUAUUUGUGACAACCCUCAAGACGCUAAAGAACUUCAUGGAAAUGAAUUCCUGGCUUGUGAAAAUAAAUUUGAUCUAGGAAUGAAUGAAGAGUAUUCUUCUUGCAAGAAUCUAUGUUCCUUUAAUAAUCAGGAAGAGAAGACAAAGGAAACUGCAAAAAAUGAAUCCCUGUCUCAGGAAAAUAAAUCAUUAGCACCAAGAGAAUCUGAAAGAGAAUCUGUGUAUUCGAUUGUGGAACAAUGCUCUUUGCCUUUAAAGAAAAAGAAAAAUAAAGCCAAAACACAAUCAGCAUCUUGUAGUAAGAGACAAAGUGGAGAUUCAGAUUGCUUGGUCAGUGAACAAAUGCAUUUUCGUCACUUUGAUGGAGAUCAAACAUCGAUUGGGAAUGAAUCAAUAACACCGUAUGCUUGUUUUUAUGGACCAUCAGUAAAGAAGUUUAAAGCAGGAUGGCUGGAUAAAUUAUCCCCUCAAGGCAAACGUGUGUUUCAGAAGCGCUGGGUUAAGUUUGAUGGAGACAGCAUUUCUUACUACAAUAAUGAAAAGGAAGUGUUCUCAAAGGGAAUAAUACUGCUCUCUGCUAUAUCAACAGUAAGAGUUCAUGGGGAGAAUAAAUUUGAAGUUGUCACAUCCCAUAGGACUUUCGUCUUCCGUGUGGAUAAGGAAGAGGAAAGGAACGACUGGGUUAAUACAAUGCUCAGUGCCUUGAAAUUGCAGUCUGAUAAUAACUCUCAGUCUCGAACUUCUGUUGCCCCUGAGAAAAGUGGGUAUCUUGAGCUGAAAGGAUACAAAGCCAAAAUCUUUAUUCUACUUCAGGGGAAUACCGUGUGGAUCUGCAAAAAUGAGCAGGAUUUUAAGACAGGAUUUGGCAUCACUUUAAUCUCUAUGAAUGUGGCAAAUGUAAAACAAGUGGAUCGGACUGCAAAGCAAUCCUUUGAAAUAAUUACUCCUUAUAAAAGCUUUAGCUUUACAGCAGAGUCGGAAAGAGAGAAACAAGACUGGAUUGAAGCACUGCAGCAAUCGAUAGCAGAAACUCUGUCUGAUUAUGAAGUAGCUGAGAAGAUUUGGUUCAAUGAGUCCAACAGGAUCUGUGCUGACUGUAAAGCUCCCGGUCCUGACUGGGCAUCCAUCAAUCUCUGUGUUGUCAUUUGUAAGAAGUGUGCAGGACAGCACAGAUCUUUAGGACCAAGAGAUUCAAAGGUCCGGAGUCUGAAAAUGGAUGCCAGCAUUUGGAGCAAUGAACUUAUUGAGCUCUUUAUCAUUAUUGGAAAUAAGAGGGCAAACAGUUUUUGGGCAGGAAAUCUUCCUCCAGAUGAAGAGCUGCAUAUGGAUGCCCCUGCAGAAAAAAGGCUAGCAUUCAUUACACACAAAUACAAAGAGGGAAAAUUCAGGAAAGCACCUUUUGCCUACAGAACCAAGGAACAGUUGAAUAAGGCCCUGUGUGCUGCCGUAGUUAAACAAGAUGUCCUAGAAACUCUGAUGUUGCUGUUCAGUGGGGCUGAUGCUAUGUGUGCUACUGGAGACCCUGUUUAUAGUACUCCAUACCUGUUAGCCAAGAAAGCUGGACAAAGACUGCAGAUGGAAUUCCUGUACCAUAAUAAGUUCUCAGAUUUCCCAAACUACGAUACUUGUUUUGAAACUGGUUUCUCUGAAGAUUCUUUACAUUCCACCUUUCUUUGUGAAUUCUUAUACAAAGUUUCUUCUAAUAAUGCUAAGCUGCUUACAGAGAAGAAAUUAAAAGAAGAUUGCAACAGAAGAUGGUGCACUUUGGAAAGUGGCUUUCUAAGCUACUAUGAAAAUGAUAAAACUACCACUCCCAGUGGUAUGAUUGACAUCAGUGAAGUUAUCUGUCUUGUAAUGCACAAGUCAGACUUCUUUUUAAACAGAGGGGACAUCUUUACUUUUGAAAUCUACUUAAUGUCAGAACGUGUUUUUCUAUUUGGAGCUGAAAGUGCAUAUUCACAAAGAAAAUGGACUUGGGCAAUAGCGAAGCAUUUUGUUCCCCCUGUGGCUGAAUGCUUAUUAGAGAGAGACUGUGACCUGAUUGGACAGCUAUACUACAAAGAUUGCCAGAACCUGGAUCAGUGGAGAAAAGGCUGGUUUGCUAUAGAGAAGUCAAGCCUUUAUUUUUGUCUUGAAAUCAAGAAUGCUGAAGAAGAUUCCAUAUAUCUAAGGAGAUUGCAAGAACUAACAAUCAGUAGUGUGAUGCAAAAUGGAGAGAAAAUAGAUGUCCUGCUGCUCGUUGAAAAAGGAAGAACGCUAUACAUCCAUGGCCAUACGAAGCUGGAUUUCAUGGUCUGGUAUGCUGCAAUUGAAAAAGCAGCAGGUACAGAUGGUAAUGCAUUACAAGAUCAGCAGCUCAGCAAAAAUGAUGUUCCUAUUAUAGUGGACAGCUGUAUAGCAUUUGUUACACAGUAUGGUUUAGGUAGCAAGCAGAUCUACCUUAAGAAUGGCGAUUUUUCCAGUGUGGCUGAACUGCUGGAAAGCUUCAAAAAAGAUGCAAGGAGUGUUAAACUAAGAGCAGGAAAACAUCAGCUUGAAGAUGUGACUGAUGUAUUGAAGAGUUUUCUUUCUCAAAUAGAUGAUGCGCUUCUCACUAAAGAACUUUAUCCAUUCUGGAUCUCUGCAUUAGAUACCCAGAAUGAAAAGGAACGUGUGAGGAAGUAUGGAGCUUUUAUUCGGACGCUUCCACCAGUCAAUAGGGCAACUUUGGCUGCUUUAAUUGAACAUCUUUACAGGGUGCAGAAGUGUUCUGAAAUCAAUCAUAUGAACCCUCACAAUCUAGCCAUGGUGUUUUCCUCAUGCUUGUUUCAAACGAAAGGCCAAACUAGUGAAGAAGUCAAUGUAAUUGAAGAUCUAAUUAAAAAUUAUGUGCAACUUUUUGAUAUAAAUGAAGAUCAGGUCAAACAAAUGGAUAUAGAGAACAGCUUUAUUACCAGGUGGAGAGACACUCAGGUUUCCCAGGCUGGAGAUUUGCUUAUUGAAGUUUAUGUGGAAAGAAAGGAGCCAGACUGUAGUAUUAUAAUCAGGGUAUCACCUUUGAUGGAAGCAGAAGAACUAACUAGUGAUGUUUUAGGAAUCAAAAAUAUUAUUCCUGACAAAGAUGAUAUCUGGACUGCUUUUGAGGUACUUGAAAAUGGAGAACUAGAACGUCCUCUGCAUUAUACAGAAAAUAUACUGGAACAAGUUCUUCACUGGAGUUCACUGCCAGAACCUGGCACUGCAUAUCUGAUAAUAAAGAGAUUUCUAACAGCAGACAUGAUAAAAUUCUACAGUGAGAAAAAUGAGAAAGGUAGCGUGAAAGCAGGCAAUCUGAAGUACAAAGAAGAACCAUCAAAACUACUGUCCGGAAACAAAUUUCAGGAGCGUUAUUUUGUGUUGCAGGAAGGAAACUUGCUUCUUUACAAGGAUAUGAAGGCUAGCAAACCUGAAAAAGUGUUACCUGUCAAUUCCCUGAAGCUUUAUUUUGGAGUGAAAAAGAAAAUGAAGCCACCAACGAACUGGGGACUUGCAGUAUUUUCUGAAAAGCACCAGUGGUAUAUAUGUUGUGAUGGAAAAGAUGCACAAAUGGAGUGGAUGAUCAGCAUUUUUACUGCACAGCAUGCAGAUAUAUGGCCACCUGUUGGAAAAACAAGAAAACAGUCUAUAACUAAAAGUCCAAAGAUUGGAGGCUUACCACUAAUUCCCAUUCAUCAGGAGAAGAACACUUGUAAAAUCAAAGGGAGUACUGAAAAUAUAGAACUGCAAUCUGGCAACCCAAAAUUCGGUGAGCAUCAUGAAAAUGACUUUCUGGAAGAAAGAAAAAACUUGAAAGAAAAAGCAUCUAUUGUGGCACAAUGUUUGGAACGGAAGGAGGAGAAAGUGAAAAGCCAUGCAAAAACACAUCCGAGCUUGAUCUCUGUUGAGGAUGUAGGUGCAGGGAUGACUGACCUACACCAAAGAUCACGUAAGGCACUGAAGAAAAGUAAGAACAAAGCAAACAAGACUGCUUUGGCAUUGGAUAACAAAUUACCAUCAAAUGUGAUUCAGGAACUAAAUACAGUGCUGCAGAAGAACAGAGCACUUAAUGAUGAAACCUCCAGCUGAUUUCCUGAGUCUGAAAGUUUUUAUAUAUAUGUAUAUAUAUAUAUAUUUAUAUACACACAUACACAGG